CACCCAGUAGAUUUGUACUGCACUUAAAUCAUUUACCAUUCAGGGACUUUAUUGGAGCAAAACAUGUAUUGCUGCCGCUAUCUCUGUCACCAUGUGUUGAGUUACAUGUUAUGAAUAUUUGUAGAAAAGUCAAUUAAUGUCUUUCAAUAACUGCAAUUACUAGGUGCUCUUGAGGUGUCUUGUUUUGCCAUGAUCUCAUUGAUGAAACUUUCUUUUGAAGGUAUCUGUCAGUCAUUGGCUUUGUCAUCAACAUGGACACAUUGUUGAUGAUGAUUCCUGACCUGCUCCAAGUUCAGCGUUAUGUCUGCACAUACCGUUUCAGUCAGGAUCACUUGGAGCUUUUGUUCAAUUCUGUCAGGGCAUCAGGAGGCUGGAAUAACAAUCCAACUGCAGGGCAGUUCCAAGGCAUUUUCCGUCGUCUGAUGGUCCGUUGUGGUGUCUCACCAAGUGGGUCAGGCAACGUGGCAGCACAAGAUGAAACUGUGUCCCUAUCAGCUGCAGACAUGCACUCUGUUUUAAUGGCAGAGGAAGAGCUUCUGUCCCCAUUUGCAAACAUUCCUGCAGUCAUAUGUGACCACAGUUACCUGCCCACCCGCUUUGGUGGUCUUGUGGACAAUGCCCUUGUCUACAUUUCAGGGUUUGUUGUCAGAAAAAUUCUGAAAAAACUGUCCUGUGAGAUGUGCCGUGCAAGCCUCGUCACAGCUGCUGUACCCUCAUCUUUUGACCAGAGCUACCACCUGCUUGAACUUAAAAACAAUGGUGGGCUGAUGAUCCCCUCAGAGGGAACAGUGAAGGUGGUCAGAGCAGCAGAGCGUGUGAUUCGACAAAACUCAAAGGAACAAGGUGUCCGUGUGUCCUUCGUCAACCGAUUCGUUUGGGCGGAGAUUGGUUCAGAGGAUGUGUUCUUACUCGGGGAGCACAUUGCAGACACCCAAUUCGGAAUUGAGAACCAUCAUUUCAUGCUUGUGUCAUUUGUGGUGUCUGUAUUUCACAAAGUAAGGCUGCACCACAUCGCAAAAUUAACUACCCUGGAGUUACAGAGUGCAAGCAUAUGAAAGAAGCUGUGUAAAACAGUUCUUUUUAAAUGAUUUUAGCUCCCCAGUCCCAGUUGCAAGCCUGACAGGGUAAUGUAAGAUGUUGGAAUGACCUGGAAUUAUAACGUUUACUUUUCCAGGCCUUUAAAAAAAAAUUCUGAGCUGGUACAGUAUAUAUGGGAGCUUGUGUGAGUGUGUGUGUGUGUGUGUGUGUGUGUGUGUGUAUGUGAG